AUGAUGCAGAACAUCCUGUGCUUUGCGUCCGGCUACGUCAACGCCUUGACCAUCAUCGACAUGGGCAUGACCGUGUCCCAUCAGACUGGCAACACCAGCCACGCAGGACGCCUGAUUAUGAACGGUGGAGCCGCAUUCUUUCACCUCAUGGCCGCGUUCGCUGCCGGCAGCUUCGUGGCAGGCUACAGCAAGUCUGACGGUGAGGCAGUCUACCAGGGCCGCUACUCCCCCAACAUGCUCGCAUCCACUUUCUGC